AUGGUUGUGUACCAGUCACCAGGCUUGGCUGUGUACCAGUCACCAGGCUUGGCUGUGUACCAGUCACCAGGCUUGGCUGUGUACCAGUCACCAGGGAUGGUUGUGUACCAGUCACCAGGCUUGGCUGUGUACCAGUCACCAGGCUUGGCUGUGUACCAGUCACCAGGCUUGGCUGUGUACCAGUCACCAGGGAUGGUUGUGUACCAGUCACCAGGCUUGGCUGUGUACCAGUCACCAGACUUGGCUGUGUACCAGUCACCAGGCUUGGCUGUGUACCAGUCACCAGGCUUGGCUGUGUACCAGUCACCAGGCUUGGCUGUGUACCAGUCACCAGGCUUGGCUGUGUACCAGUCACCAGGCUUGGCUGUGUAUCAGUCACCAGGCUUGGCUGUGUACCAGUCACCAGGCUUGGCUGUGUACCAGUCACCAGGGAUGGCUGUGUACCAGUCACCAGGCUUGGCUGUGUACCAGUCACCAGGAAUGGUUGUGUACCAGUCACCAGGGAUGGUUGUGUCACCAGGGAUGGCUGUGCUUGUAAUCUUCUCUAGAUUUAGCUAA